AUGGGCCGCCGUCUCCAGGCCCUCCACGCCGACCGGGAACGAACACCCGCCAGGAGCGCCGGAGGGGAGGCCGGGCGGCCGGGCGCGGAAGGAGGAAAAAAAAAAGUGCCAAGAGAGGCCACACAGCCACUGCUGGAGCCCCCGGAGGCGGCAGCCGUGGAGACCACGGCCGAGCCCUGUGCUUCCGAGAAACUGGCGGAAGAGGCCACAGCCGAGUCAGGUCGGGUGACCGGUGGCGAAGAGCAGGGCACUGGCAAAGGGGAGGAAGAUGAGCCGGAGGAUCAGAGUGGAGAGGAGAUGCCGGGAUCCGAAUCGCCGGGUGACAAGGCCGCAGAGGAACGUUCAAAGUCUCCACCACCCCCGGAAGAAGAGGCAAAAGAUGGAGAGGAUCAGACUCUUGUGAACCUGGACACAUAUACCUCGGAUCUCCAUUUUUGGGUGAGCAAAGACCGCUAUGGAGGGCAGCCACUUUUCUCAGAGAAGUUCCACACACUUUGGUCUGGGGCAAGAAGUACUUAUGGAGUGACAAAGGGGAAAGUCUGCUUUGAGGCCAAGGUAACCCAGAAUCUCCCAAUGAAAGAAGGCUGCACAGAGGUUUCUCUCCUUCGAGUUGGAUGGUUUGUUGAUUUUUCCCAUCCACAGCUUGGUGAGGAUGGAUUCUCUUAUGGUUUGAGUGGACGAGGACUCGAGGCAGAGAAUGGGCAGUUUGAGGAAUUUGGCCAGACUUUUGGGGAGAAUGAUGUCAUUGGCUGCUUUGCCAAUUUUGAGGUUGAAGAAGUAGAACUUUCCUUUUCCAAGAAUGGAGAAGACCUUGGUGUGGCAUUCCGUAUCAACAAGGAAUCCGUGGCUGACAGGGCCCUCCUACCCCAUGUCCUCUGCAAAAAUUGUGUUGUAGAAUUAUAUUUUGGUCAGAAGGAGGAACCUUUCUUCCCACCGCCAGAAGAGUUUGUGUUCAUCCAUGCCAUGCCUGUGGAGGAGCGCGUGCUCACUGCAGUCCCUCCCAAGACCAUAGAGGAGUGUGAGGUGAUUCUGAUGGUGGGACUGCCUGGAUCUGGAAAGACCCAGUGGGCACUGAAAUAUGCAAAAGAAAACCCUGAGAAAAGAUACAAUGUCCUGGGAGCUGAGACUGUGCUCAAUCAAAUAUGGAUGAAGGGGCUCGAGGAGCCACAGAUGGACCCCAAAAGCUGAGACCUUUUAGUUCAGCAAGCCUCCCAGUGCCCUAGUAAGCUGCUCCAGAUUGCUUCCCGGAUAAAGAGGAACUUCAUUCUUGAUCAGUGUAACGUGUACAACUCUGGCCAAUGGCAGAAGCUAUUGCUGUUCAAGACUUUCUCUUGGAAAGUGGUGCUGGUCGUCCCUAAUGAGGAGGACUGGAAGAAGAGGCUGGAGCUGAGGAAGGAAGUGGAGGGAGAUGAUGUGCCUGAGUCUAUAAUGCUGGAGAUGAAAGGGUCAGUAAGAUGCAUUGGCUCUCUUAGCGUAGUGAGAGAGAUGAACAAAGAGAAAACUGAUUGUGGGAAUAGAGGAGACUACAGACUGUGGGAGAAGUUCACAAUUGAAGGGAGGCCACCACUGGCCAUGAGAUGA